GCGCGAGCUGCGUUUCCGCCUCUGAACCGUGGCACUGAGGCCAUGGGUAGCCAAGAGGUGCUGGGCCAGGCAGCCCGCUUGGCCUCCUCGGGUCUCCUGCUGCAGGUAUUGUUUCGGUUGAUCACCUUUGUCUUGAAUGCAUUUAUUCUCCGCUUCCUGUCAAAGGAGAUCGUGGGCAUAGUGAAUGUCAGACUAACCCUGCUUUACUCAACAACCGUCUUCCUGGCCAGGGAGGCCUUCCGGAGAGCCUGUCUGAGUGGGGGUGCCCAGCGGGACUGGAGUCAGACCCUCAACCUCCUGUGGCUAACGGUCCCCCUGGGUGUAUUUUGGUCCUUACUCUUGGGCUGGGUCUGGUUGCAGUUGCUUGAAGUGCCUGAUCCAAAUGUAGUCCCCUACUAUGGAGCAGGAGUGGUGUUCUUUGGCCUCUCAGCAGUGGUGGAACUUGUGGGAGAGCCUUUCUGGGUCUUGGCACAAGCACAUAUGUUUGUCAAGCUCAAGGUGCUUGCUGAGAGCACGUCAGUUAUCCUCCGGAGCCUUCUGACAGCUUUUCUGGUGCUGUGCCUGCCUCACUGGGGUCUAUACAUUUUUUCUCUGGCUCAGCUUUUCUAUACCACAGUUCUGGUGCUCUGCUAUGUGAUUUAUUUAAUAAAAUUACUGCGUUCCCCAGAAUCAACCAAGCAACAGACUCUUCCUGUCUCCAAAAUAACACAACUAUUACCCAGUAUUACAAGAAGCAGAGCAUUUGUCAAUUGGAAAGAGGCUAAAUUGACUUGGAGUUUUUUCAAACAGUCUUUCUUGAAGCAGAUUUUGACAGAAGGCGAGCGAUAUGUGAUGACAUUUUUGAAUGUAUUAAACUUUGGUGAUCAGGGUGUGUAUGAUAUAGUGAAUAAUCUGGGGUCUCUUGUGGCUAGGCUAAUUUUCCAGCCAAUAGAGGAGAGUUUUUAUAUCUUCUUUGCUAAGGUGCUAGAGAGGGAAAAGGAUGCCACACACCAGAAGCAGGAGGAUGUUGCUGUGGCUGCUGCGGUUUUGGAGUCCCUCCUCAAGCUGGCUUUGCUAACUGGCCUGACCAUUACUGUUUUUGGCUUUGCCUAUUCUCAACUGGCUCUGGACAUCUAUGGAGGAGCCAUGCUUAGUUCAGGAUCAGGUCCUGUGUUGAUGCGGUCCUAUUGUCUCUAUGUCCUCCUGCUUGCAAUCAAUGGUGUGACCGAGUGUUUCACAUUUGCUGCCAUGAGCAAGGCGGAGGUUGACAGGUACAACUUCACCAUGCUGGCACUGUCUUCCUCGUUUUUGGUCUUAUCCUACCUCCUGACCAGCUGGUGUGGCAGUGUGGGCUUCAUCUUGGCCAACUGCUUUAACAUGGGCAUUCGGAUCACACAGAGCCUGUACUUCAUUCAUCACUACUUCCAGAGGAGCCCCCACAGACCGCUGGCUGGCCUGCACCUGUCACCAGCUCUCCUCGGGGUGUUCGCCCUCAGUGGUGGGAUUACUAGUGUUUCAGAGGCAUUCCUCUGCUGUGAGCAGGGCUGGCCUGCUCGGCUGGCACACAUCACUGUGGGGACCAUCUGCUUAGGAGUGACCCUUGGGACAGCGUUCUUCACAGAGACCAAGCUGAUCCACUUUCUCAGGACUCAGUUGGGUAGAUCCAGACUCCGUGACAAAAUGACAUGACUUUGAUGAUGCUUUGACACUUGGCACGUGGACCCACCACGGAGUGGUUCUUGGACAACAUGUGUUGCUCUGUAAAAGUCCUGCUGUGGAGCGGGAGUCGCCCUGGAAGUGAGACGGCAGAGGAGAUAGCACCCAGUCGAAGUCCUCCAGCCAAAGGAGGACUGUCCCUUACGUGAAGAACAACAGCCCAUUUUGUUAAUGAAUCAGUUCCCUCUGCCUGGGAUUGACCUUUGAAGUUACAUCUUCUAACACACUCUGUCUUCGAUGUUAAUAGUUAAUCAUCAUUUGGCCAAGAAAAAGCAAUGUAGCCAUUGACCCCUGCACAAGAUUCUAUAAAAGAAGUAAGGAGCCCCUGAAUUUACACACCAAACAAGAACAAAGUGUGGCCUAAGAUUUGUGGUGUUCCCUGUGUCGGUGGUGUGGUUUUAGUUUUUAGAGAAGAAAAACCCUACUCAGUGAGAAAUACUUUUGAAAUAUUUGAAAUACUGUUUACAGUCCUAGGGAUUGAGCCCAGGGCCUCAUUCAUGCUAAGCAAGCUCUCUACUACUGAACUAUCUAUAUCCCUAGUCCCAGCCCUCACAAUGGUAAAACAGUUAGGGAGGAUCUUUGCCAUGGUCAUGUUGUCCCUCCCAGAGCAGCUCAUGUUCCAGACUAGGACUCAGGAUUUCCUAACUGUAGAGUGUAUGGGCAUUGUCGAUGGCUUUGGACCUAGCCACUUGAAAGAGGGCAGCUUUGGUGUCAAGUAUGAGCUACUUUGUCCUUUAAGGAGUGCCGCCACCCAGCUUUAUUUAAUUUUUCCAUGGAAGUCACACAGGUGAUAAGCACAAUUACAUAGAUAUCUUUUUUUAUCCUUAAAAUAAAACAGGACAAAUUGA